AUGGCGGCCGCAGUGGCGGCUCCGGGCGGCGGCUCCGCGGCGGCGGGCGCGGCUCGCGGCCCGGCGCUGCGGGAGGGCGCCCGGGUGUCUGCGCUCUGCCUGGCCUGGUACGGGCUGAGCGCGGGCGGGAACGUGGUGAACAAGCUGCUGCUGGGCGGCUUCCCGCGGCCAGUCACCGUCUCGCUCUUCCACAUCCUCGGGCUCUGCGGCCUCCUGCCGCCGCUGCUGCGCGCCUGGCGCGUCCCUCCGGCCGGGCCCGCGCAGCUACCGCCCCGCGCCUACCCCCGCUACAUCCUGCCGCUCGCCUUCGGCAAGUACUUCGCCUCCGUGUCGGCGCACGUCUCGCUCUGGCGGGUGCCGGUGUCCUACGCGCACACAGUAAAGGCAACAAUGCCAAUAUGGGUGGUUCUGCUGUCAAGAAUUAUAAUGAAAGAAAAACAAACUACAAAGGUGUAUUUAUCACUGAUCCCUAUAAUCAGUGGUGUUCUGCUGGCUACAGUCACUGAACUCUCUUUUGAUAUGUGGGGACUCAUCAGUGCUCUUGCUGCUACACUCUGUUUCUCGCUUCAGAACAUCUUUUCUAAAAAGGUGUUGAGAGAUUCCAGAAUACAUCAUCUUCGGCUGCUAAACAUACUCGGGUGUCAUGCUGUCUUCUUCAUGAUCCCAACAUGGGUUUUGGUGGAUCUUUCAUCCUUUCUAGUAGAAAAUGACUUGAGUACAGUAUCCCACUGGUCCUGGACUUUAAUGCUGCUCAUAAUCAGUGGAUUUUGUAACUUUGCCCAGAAUGUCAUUGCCUUCAGUAUUCUUAACUUAAUCAGCCCAUUAAGUUACUCUGUUGCAAAUGCCACAAAAAGGAUCAUGGUCAUUACAGUUUCCCUUAUAAUGCUUCGAAAUCCAGUCACCAGCACCAAUGUUCUUGGGAUGUUGACUGCAAUCUUAGGAGUAUUCUUGUAUAACAAGACAAAAUAUGAUGCAAAUCAGGAAGCAAAGAAGCAGCUACUUCCAGUUACAACUGGAGACCUUGUGAAUCUGGAACGUCACCGGAACACUCCUGAAAAGUCUCAGAAUGGACUCAUGGCAUUCGCACAACAUGGAGAUUAUCAGUAUGGCCGAACCAAUGUCUUAACAGAUCACUUCCAGUAUAACAGGCAAAACUAUCCAACCACAUACAACUUAAAUCGAUAUGAUAUAUAGGAUUCUGAUAAGCAGGUAUGGACUGUAACACAAAGUUUUCCCCAGCAUUAUCAGGAACUUCUGGCAUGCCCUUGAAUGUAAAGCUGUAGAUUGUAUAGGUUCUUCAGAGGAGAAGAUGCAUGUGUAUCAAAAGUGGUACAGACUUUCAUCGUCAGCCAAGCAGGUCUCUAAACAUGAAGCAAUUAGAUAGACACUGGAAAGGAGUGUACAGUAUAAUUCUUGUACAGAGAUUCUGGUGAAAUGCAAGUGUAAAACUCCAGCAUAAAUAUUUGCUGUCAUAUUUGUUUCAGAACCUGUCAACUGACUGCCAUUUUGGCAGUAAAAAUGUGGCCAGUAUUUCCUUUCCAUGCUAACAACUUGAUCUUUAACUUGUGUUUUAAUUUUUAUUUUAAUGCUACAUGACUCAUUACUUUCACUUUCUUCAAAAGUUUCAUAAAUUGCAUUUGGAAACUAUGUAUGCUCCUAAUUGGUGUUAGCAGGGCUUGUCAGUUGGAGGAUUUGUGUGUCUAAAAGCAGAUGUGUAGAUUUGAAUUUCAGUUGCACAGGUUUAAAACUUCAUGUUGAUAUCAAGUACCUGUGUCUAUAGCUUCAGUUUACAAUGAUGAUCAAACAACAGGGUUUCUAAACUAGUACUGAGUUCUUGUUCCAUUCAAUAAUCUUGAAGUAAAACUUUGUUUAGGCAUAGAGAACUGAUUUGUCUCUUAAAAAUAAUGUGACUAUUAGUUACCAAUAGCAACUGUGAUGGAGAGUUUUCACAUUCUUUGAUUGAAAAACAGUUACACAACUUCAUCAGUAGUUACUCUUUAUCUGACAAUAGAAAACACCUUGCCAAAUAAAAAUUAGUAUUUGGAACAAGGCUUUUUUCCUGUGACCUCUCUGCACUUGUUUUUGUAAAGCUAGCUUGUUGUCAUGCUGAAUUGGGAGACAAGGAUUGCUUUUUCUCUCUGUUUUUUAAUUGGGAGAAUCCUCCAUCAUAUGACUUCUGUUUCAUGAAUGUGGAUUUGGAUGCAUCACAUCCCUUCUAAUUGUUUACAAAAUUAUUUCUUGGCCCCCAAUUAUAUUUUAUAUGUUUCUGUUCCACAAUAGUUCUAGUAGCACUAAGUAUGUUCUGCCUGACUUGUACAUUCAGACGAGUUAUGGAAGUUAACACUUAUACCCUUCUUUCCUCCUGUAGUGCUCCUGGCUUGAAUAAUGAAUUAUUAUGAGAAAUUGUUCUUGAGUCAAGAGUGAAUAUGUAAAAUUGUGAGGGAUGUGUGUUGAAUUUUCUGCUUUGCACUUUUUGCAUAAAUGAAGGUGCUUUGACAAAACAUGAAGUUUUGUUAAUGAGUUAUGUCAGAUACUGUGUGUGAGAUAAAAGUGAAGUCAUCUGAGCUUUGGAGUAUAGAAAACUAUUUUUGGCAAAGAUGAUCUUCAGGCCUUGUCUCUUGGAGGAGGAGCCCAUCAUAUAGUGGGCUGAGAUUCUGGCAGGAGAAGUGCUUGGCGCAUUCUUGCUGAUGGAUCAUUGGACAAACACCAGUGACGGACUCUAGUAGUGGUGGGUGUUAUACAAAAUACUCCCUCCCCAUGUAUUCUUUUCAUGAAAGAUGAUUGCCUUUUAGAAGCAAGAUAAUUUUGUGACUCCCUUCCUGAUUAUUUACAUACAUUUUUUUUUCCUGUGAGUGCAAAGCUAAAUCUAUUCCCAGUCUGCUAGAUGCUUGUAGAAAUUCCCAGUGUAAUAGCUUCAUUGAUGUGUCUCAAAGGAGAUAAUGGUGCACCUGAAUCUCUGGAGACUGAGCCAAAUUCAGUCAUGGUGUAUGAGCAGAACUCCAGUGAUGUCAGUGGAGGUGAGUGUGUUCAUGCUAGUAGGAAAUUUGGACUUGGAUGUUUAGUCUGGAAAACUCAUGGUUCAGAAAUCAUUAUGGAAAUCCUUCCCACACAACUGUUAAACUAGAACUGCUUUCAGAAACUCUGGGCUUCAUUUCUUUAGAACUGUUUCAUAUUAAUGUGCAAAAGGGAAAAAUACAGCCAGUGGAAAGACUGAUAUAAUAUAUUUCUAAGGCACCCUUUUUAAUAUCUGAAUACCAUUGCAUAAAUGUGGAAGGAUGGAUGAUCUUGUGGUUUAAUACUCUGGACUGGGACUGCGGUUCAGUUCCUGGUUCUGCUGUAGACUUCCUAUGUGAACUUGGACAAAUCACUUAGCCUGAAAUUUUCAGAGGAGGUUAAGGGAGUUGGAUACCCAAUUCAAUUACUUUCAAUGGGAGCUGAGUGCCUAACUCCCAUAAACCUGUCUGAAAAUCUCAACCUUGAUCUUGGUGCCUCAGUUCCCUAUCUGUAAAAUGGAGAGAAUUCUUCCAUACCUCAUAGGGGUGCUGUUCUGGGUUACUGCAGUGAUGAAGGCCAUAAAAAGGCCAGAAAAGCACAGAUCAGAGGGAUUUCUGUGUGCCUACCACCAUAAUAUCUGUACCAUUUGAAUCAUCCCUUCAAGGAAAAGGAACACAGCUCCCUUCUUUUUCCCUAAGUAGAUGUUUGCUUAAUCAUAUUUAGGUGGCUUAUUUCCUAGAGCAGUGGGUCUCAAACUUUUUUUAAUGGUGACUCCUUUCACACAGCAAGCCUCUGAGUGUGACCCCCCCCCCCCCCCAAUAAAUUAAACACCAUUAUAAAUGCUGGAGGCAAGCAGGGUUUGGGGUGGAGGCUGACAGCUCGCAACCCUCCAUGUAAUAACCUUGUGACCCUCUGAGUGGUCCUGACCCUCAGUUUGAGAACCCCUGUCCUAGAGAUUGCAACCAGAUCUGUUUCACAACUCCUCCCUUAGAAGGCUUGUAUUGCACCCUCCUAAACUAGCGGGACUUGGGCUCAGUCUCAUCUGUCAGGAUUGUAAUCACAAGUGAGGGCCCCCUGCUGAGAAUGCCUUGUCCUUGUUUCUCAAAUUCUAAUCUGAGCUCUGGCAGCCUCAGUGUCCCCCACAAACACAACUGCUGUAAUGCGGUGCAGUGCAAUGCAAUAGGGGGUUCACUGUGAGAGCAAGGCCAUAGUCCACUUAGGGCUCUGAAGAUGACUUUGUAGGCUUCUCUCCUACAGGUUACAUAACCUGUGGUCAUGCUUUGCUAGUUCAGGCUGUACAGUCAGUGGGGAUUAUUUUGUACAAUAGAAUUUUUAGGUGAAUCAUACUACAGUAAAUGAUUUCCUUGAGUACCUGAACCAAAGUUCCAAAGCAAUUACUGCAUGCAUUCAGGUAAAGGAAGUUUCUGAUAUUGUUGGAACUUGUAUUGUAAUCUUACUAGACGUUGCAAGAUUUUGUUUGGUGAGGUGAAACAUUUGUCUAGUUUUAACAUGGUUUGUAAAUUAAUGGCAUAUUUAACUGUACAUAAGUCUAUAGAAAAUAUGAAAACAGGAAUAAAAAGGGCAUAUCUAGACAAUCAUGUAGAAUGACCCUGCUAUUAAAUCAGUGAAGAAAAUACUUUUUACCCCCCUUUUUUUGCUUGCUGUACAAUUUGAGGGAGUGCCAUAAAUCAGUAAAAAUAUUAGCCAAUUGGGGGACCAGAUUAAUUUUUUGCAAUGUUUUAUUGUGUGUAAUAUGUUGGUUUCAGAUGUUUACAUAGAAUAAAAGAAAGCUGGAGCUCUGUAAUUAGUGUCUAAGAUUCAGACAUUAGCUACUGCAGCUUUUUAAAUUGUACACUACAGAUAGACUGUGAAACUCAGAUAUUACAUUGAUGCAAAACUGAGGAAUCCUAUCCCUCCAAAAAUACUGGGUGUUACUAAAAAUAAGCAUGCGCAAAGAACCCAGGCACUUCUUUCAGCUACCCCUUCACGUGGGUUUUUGCACUGAGUCCAUCAAAUAACUUGGUGCUGCUAGAUCUUGUGAAAAGCUUUCCCUUAUGGACCAAAUGAUGACUAGGCAUGUCCUUAUUUUGGUCAGUGAAACAUUCAGGUGUCUUAUGCAGUUAUCUGAAAUAGCUAAACAUUUAUGAAUUAAAUAUAUAGGAGUGCAAGACUCUUGUGAAAAUGACUUUAGUGACUUCAGGUCAACACUAAGAGAGUUGCUGGUCAGAAAAGGUCCCAUCUUUCAGUAAUGUCCUAACCCACCUCUCUGUCUUCAGUGUAACAGUAGAAAUUUCUGCUAUAAAGUUGUUUAUAUUGCCCUUUAUUUAUAAAUAGAGCUGUUAAUUUUCCAGGGCUUCCAGUUCUUAACCAUGUUAUAAGCUGAGAAGUUUAAAAGAAAAAAAAAAAACAUGCUAGGCUAACUUGGUGCUGGUAAGAGCCAUUUUUAAGGUAAAUGAUUGAUUGUGAUCUUAUUUACAUACAAAUAUUUAUAUGUAAAUAUUUAAGAGCAGCUGUAUGGGUGGCACAUAAAAACCUUCCCCAUUCUGUGUUUUUUCUCAUGCUGAUACUUUUUGGAUGAAUUUUUUGUGUUUAGUUUUUUUACCUAUCACAGGAUAAAAUUUUGAUGCUUGUGGAAUCUGGCACUUAAAACAGUAGAGAAGAGUGUGAAUUGCUGUAAAAUGUUUGUGGUUCUUAUUUCUACUGCAUUACUCUGUACCACUCAGUAUGUAAGUUAGUAUGACUGUUUUGUCUGCCUUAGUGGAGGAUUCCACUCUGCUACUCUGCACAUACCAUCAUUGGUGAUCCAUAUCAGGUGAGAGGCUGAUAAGGAGAGGGAGAAAUUGCACUGGUGGCUUUUGAGUGUUGGGGAAUCUGUGGGGAUUUAUCUGCUAUCUAAUUGGGUAGGUUAGAUGGACUUUUGAGGGCUGCCCUGGAGAUUCUUACUUGAAUACCUGGUGGUGGUGGUUGUAGCCCUCUGCAUACCUUGUGGUUACCAAGAAGGUUGACUAGUGUUGCAGCAUGCUGAGGAUAUGGUAGACUGGACAGUGGUUGUAAGGGCUUGAAACACUAGAAUCUUGUAGAGAUUGGCAAGUGGAGGUGUGUGGUGGUGUUAGUCUUGAUUGAAAAGUUUCUUGGUAGGUGAAGCCACAACUAAAAUUCUUAAUAUGAUCCUGUAGUGUUCUGUGGAACACCCAGGAGUGCAGAGUGAUGGAGAAAUAGUGACCAGACUCUUCCUAUUGUUUGGUGUAAAGUCAGUUUCAGUGGAGGGUGUGUUGGUCUUGUGAUAUAGUUGUGUUGGGGGAGUUCACCUUUUUUUUUUGUGUGUGUGAGAGUGUCUAUGAACUGGUAUUUUGUGAAACUGGAAAUAUACUGCUGAAAUGUAGGGUUUUUUUAAAUGUGUAUUAAACUGUGGGAGGUGUCUGCAACUACAUGUCCCAGAUAAAGAGGUGGAAAAAACCUCUUGGAUCAAGUCCUCAUUUAGAUCUUCUAAAACUCUACCUGGUCAUUUGUUUUUAUAAGUUGAGUUUUUCUUUCUUAAUAGUUUAGGCCCCACACUUAGAUUGUUAUGGUCUUGUUCUGUAGUUCAUAUAAACUAUAUCCCAAAAUGCUUUUUGAGAAUUACUUAGUGAAGCAGAGGGAGUGGGGAGAGAGAAAUAAGAGUUGGUGACAAGGGAGAAAAUCUGCUCAACUGAAGUGCGAAGCAAGAUGGCAAGUCAGUGAUUAUAGUUUUUAAAGGAUUUUUCAAAAACCCAACUCAAAUAUAAAUGUUUGUAAUUUUAACUUCAGUUUUGGAAGAGAAUGAAAUACUCACCUGGAGAGUUGGAAACUCAAGUACAAAAGGAUUUUGUAAACAUAUGAGAAUCAUAAAAUGAAACAUCAAUAUAAUUUUAUUGCACAAGCUGAAAUGCAAAAAGUGAGGUGUAAAUGGUGAAAAGCUAUAUUCUUAAUUAAAUUUAAAAUAACAAGGCUUCUUCUUAAAUAUGGCAUGACUGUCCCUUUACAGAAUCUGCAUUUUCUUUCUCUUUAACAAUUUUUCAUGUACUUAAGUUUAAUUGGCUCUGUAGUAGGUUUCCUGCAUGCCCGGGUUCUUGCCAUCCUGACACUGUGUAAUAAAAUUCCUGUGUAGUGUAAGUGCUGCUGGUGUGGACUGGUGUUAAGGCACAAAAGCUCUCUCGCUGUGUUCAAAUUAUAGCAUUUUCUGUAAGAGUUGAGCCAAGGUCCAAAUGCUGUGGCUACACUAAAUCCUAAUAUGUACGCAAAUGAGGUGUUUAUUCCUUUAUGAGGAUGUUGAAAUGGGAAUAGUCCAAAAAGAUUUGCAAAAGUUUUUGGAUAAGGAGAGGGAGAGGAAACAGACUGUCUCUUAUUGCACAGAUAAGUAUUAAAACAGCUUGUUCUUAGAGAGAGGAGUAGGAAGUUUUCUGAUCUGUGGAGAAGGCCUCAACUUGGAAAUACAAGUUCAUGACACACUCUAAAUGGUUAAUAUCUAAAAUCUGAACCCUGUGGUAGAGUUCUUAAAUAUGUUCCAGUUAUUUCAUAAUUGUGAUUUUUUUAGGUGCAUAUCCAAUAGAAUUGGUUCAUUUAUGUUAAUAUGGAAAAGUGUAUUCCCCUCCUGUUCUCUGAUAACUUCUCUUCUUGGAAUGCAAACAGAAUAUUUCCAGGGAAGGAAUAUUUAAUUGUGAUAUGUAUCUCUCUUCCAAAUCUAAAGUGAAUUUAUUUCAAGUUUUUUUAUGUACAGUAAUUAUGAAUUUUUAGCUUAUGAACUUUAAAGUGGAAAAAAGUGUUGUAAUUAUACUUUUUAAAUAUUGAAAAUGUAAAUAAAGAUGAAUUCUGCAAAAUCA